GAAUUACUAUAGGAAACACCAGAGGUACCUAGACAGGGUUUAUUUUCGCCAUAAGGAAGGUUUGCAUUUCGUAAACCAUGACGAUGCUCUCGGUCGUGCGUAAACAGCUCAGAAGUCACCCCGCUCUCAUACCUCUUUUUAUCUUCAUCGGUGGAGGGGCAACUAUGAGCAUGUUGUACCUGGCCCGGUUAGCUCUGAAAAACCCUGAUGUCUCAUGGGACCGCAAGAAUAAUCCCGAACCCUGGAACAAGCUAGAGCCAAAUCAUCAGUACAAGCUUUUUGCAGUCAACAUGGAUUACUCCAAGCUCGAGAAGGACAGACCAGACUUUUAAAUGUCACAAUUUCCCUUAUAUGUAUGAGAAACCUUUGCACUUUAUGGCCAAAUACUAAUAAAAUAAUAUAUUGAGUGGA